CGCGCGGUACGCCGCGCGUCUAGCGGGGAAGGAUCUCUGCGGUAGUACCUGUUACGCAGUAUUAACCGGAGUAGAAAAUAAACACUUCUCUUCUCUCCUCCUUUCUCCUCCCUGCCGGGCCGGCGUGAUGGCGGAAGGCGCGGCAUCGGGCGCCAGAGGAGAGGCGGCGGCCGUGGCGGCGGCGGCGGAAGGCUCGUCGGGCCUGGCUGGCUUGUCUCUGGGCCGGGGCUUCUCGAGCUACCGGCACUUCGAACCCCAGGCGUUGGGCCUCAGCCCGAGCUGGCGGCUGACGGGCUUCUCUGGCAUGAAGGGCUGAGGCUGCAAGGUCCCCCAGGAGACCCUGCUCAAACUCCUGGCGGGACUGACGCGGCCGGACGUGCGGCCCCCUCAGGGGCUGGUCGGAGGCCAUGAAGAGGUGGCCCAGGAAGUAGGUCUGCCGGCCAGCGGGGACCCCAUCCCAACCUUUCCAGCCCUGGGCAUUGGGCUGGACUCCUGCGUCAUACCCCUGAGGCACGGGGGUCUGUCGCUGGUACAGACCACGGACUUCUUUUACCCCUUAGUAGAAGAUCCCUACAUGAUGGGGCGAAUAGCUUGUGCCAACGUGCUGAGUGACCUCUAUGCCAUGGGCAUUACUGAAUGUGACAACAUGUUGAUGUUACUCAGCGUCAGCCAGAAUAUGACUGAGGAAGAACGAGAAAAAAUAACACCACUCAUGAUCAAAGGCUUCCGGGAUGCUGCUGAGGAAGGAGGGACUGCAGUGACUGGUGGACAAACAGUCGUAAACCCUUGGAUAAUCAUCGGUGGAGUUGCCACUGUGGUAUGUCAGCCUAAUGAAUUCAUAAUGCCUGACAGUGCAGUUGUGGGGGAUGUACUCGUGUUAACCAAACCCUUAGGAACCCAAGUUGCUGUCAAUGCCCACCAGUGGCUGGAUAAUCCGGACAGAUGGAAUAAGAUAAAGAUUGUAGUCUCCAGAGAAGAGGUAGAGCUGGCCUAUCAGGAAGCCAUGCUCAAUAUGGCAACCCUAAACAGAACUGCUGCUGGAUUAAUGCACACAUUUAAUGCCCAUGCAGCCACAGAUAUCACAGGCUUUGGCAUUCUAGGACACUCUCAGAACCUUGCAAAACAACAAAGAAAUGAGGUGUCCUUUGUCAUUCAUAAUUUGCCAAUCAUUGCCAAAAUGGCCACCAUCAGCAAGGCCAGUGGGUGCUUUGGGCUCCUUCAGGGAACUUCAGCAGAAACUUCUGGGGGAUUACUGAUUUGCCUGCCAAGAGAACAGGCAGCCCGCUUUUGUUCUGAAAUCAAAUCUUCCAAGUAUGGAGAGGGUCACCAAGCAUGGAUCGUGGGCAUUGUGGAAAAGGGAAACCGGACAGCCCGGAUCAUUGACAAGCCUCGAGUUAUUGAGGUCCUACCUCAUGGGGCCACUGCUACUGCUCUUGCUCCUGACAAUUCCAGUGCCUCCUCUGAGCGUAGCUCCUGAAAUGGAACAGCAGUUGUUUGGACUUUAGAGCCUUUGCAUACAGUCAUGGGUGAUGCUCAAGGGUUGAUUUUUAAGAAGAAAUUUCCAAAGAAGGCUGCCUGCAUAGUAGCUCCAGCUGCCUCUUUUGGGUGAUUUGAAUUAGCCCACCAAAAGCUGCACAUUCCAAGGCCAGAAGUAACAUUUUGGACUUCAGGAGGGAGGUUUGCUCAUUCUUGUGUAGCAGAGGAGCAGAAAAACCUGUUUCCUCUCCAAGAGCAAGAUGAGACUAUUCCAGUUUGAGGGAUUUUUCUUGGCACUGGGUUGCUUUAUAUCUGCACAGCGAGAGAGAUUACUUACUAAAUUACACAGAUAUCAGAGCACCAUAGAAGUAAAUUGCAAAAUGAAAAACAGAUCAGAAACAAAUAAGUUUGGACCAAUACUGUUAAUAAAUCUUAAUUUUUAAGAGAGAUUUUACAAUGCAAUGUCAAAUUCUAUAUUAAAUUUUUCUGAAAUACUGGCUCUUUCCUUUCUCUGGACAAGAAUUGAGCAGCUUGUCCAAUGACUAGGAAAGGAAGACUUGCAACCAUCUGACUUGGUUUCUGUUAAUGAUGCCUCUCCCACUAAACCCCUUUAAGGACUGGGAGUGGCAGAGCAAACCUGAGAGCCCAAGCCUUGGUGGUCAUUAAGAUGUUAAAUCUUGUGCUGAAAAUUCCUGGUUUAAUCAAUAAAGAGUAAUUUCUAGUGAAAUAAAAAGGACUUUGUUGGAAAAUU